AAAACUAAUAAACAAUAUUUUAGGUUUGAACAUCUUUAUUUUGAAAACUCAUCUUUAGUCUUGAAAAUGUCUCAUCUUCAGCAGAAGCCAUUAAAAAUUGCCGUAGUAACGGGUGCCAGUUCGGGUAUAGGAGCUGCCUGUUGCACAGCCUUGUUGCAACAUGGCAUGAUUGUUGUGGGCUUGGCUCGUCGCCAAGAUAAAAUGGAACAAGAAGUUCUUUCAAAUAUACCAGCUGAACAACGAUAUCGUUUUCAUGCCCGGAAAUGUGAUGUGCGUUCGGAGAACGAUAUACGUCACACAUUUGCAUGGAUAGCAGAUCAUUUGGGCGGCAUAGAUGUGCUCAUCAAUAAUGCGGCUAUCUUGAAAAAUACACAAAUUAUCAAGCCAAACAAUACCGAGGAUUUAAGAGACGUUCUGGAUACAAAUAUUUUAGGAGUAGCUUUGUGUACACGAGAAGCCUUUGCCAUAAUGAAAAACUAUUGUCGCGACACUGGCCAUGUCAUUAUAAUCAAUAGUUUAAUGGGUCACUUUGUGCCCCAUUUGCCUGGUCUGAGUUUAAAUUUGUAUGCCCCCACUAAGUAUGCGUUAACCGCCAUGACGGAAGUUUUGCGUCAGGAGUUUCUAAUGGAACAAACCAAAAUCAAAAUAACGAGCAUAAGUCCCGGAGCUGUUAAAACACCAAUAGUGGGUGAAUAUUCAAAUCUACCAGCCGAAUACUCUCUACUACGCCCCCAAGAUGUAGCCGAUGCAGUGGUUUAUUGUUUGCAAACCCCACCAAAUGUUCAAAUACAUGAAUUAAUGAUACGACCACUAGGAGGAACUUUUUAGUUACAAAUAAGAAUUCAGUUGCAUUUAAUAGAGUUUAAUGGACUUUUGAUUUUCUCACCAAGAUCUAGCUUAUAUUUAGAUUGGAAAUCAUACUCAAAAUAAUUGCUGUUCCUUCAAGAUGAAUGUUUUAGUUUAAGAUUAUAUAAAUAAUAUUGCAGAACAUGUGAAUUAUUAUGUGCUUUAGAUUUGUAUUGAAAUUUGGUUGAAAGAAAACAAAAAUAUUAAAAAUAAGUAAUAAAAAAACUAUAAAAAACUCAUAAAAA